AGCCCUGCAUGAGGGAGUACCAGUUUACUCAGAAGAAGAGUUCAGUCUAGUGUGCUCUGCUCAUGUUGGCGGUGAGCUUCCAUGGGAUCACUAUGUCCGGAUCACAUAUUACACUGACCGACGAUGUCCUGUUGAGUCAUGCCCAGCUACAAAGUACUUCAAGACCGGAGAAUCUUUCAUUAGUCACUGGGAAGUGUUUCACACAUCACAGAUGAUAGUGAAGUUCUGCCAGAAAUGCAAUGCUUACUUCACCAAUGUCUCAGAGCUGGAAACUCACCUGAUGAAUCGCCACUCCAUCAACGGUGUGGAAACUGUGAAGAAAAUGUCGCAGGAGGCUAGAGAAAAAAUUGUGGCCAAUCCUAGUUUCAGAGAUCCAGGCAGAUACCUGCCACCUUUGGUGUGA